UCCUUUCCAGAUUUAUUUGGGUUGUAAUUCUGAUUCUGGGUCUAGGGUGCUCAGUGUCUUUGGUGUGGAUAACAUUUUUAAAAUACUACAGAGCGCCUUUAGUUACUACGCAGAUGCCAGAAGGUAUAUCUGUCAGCAACAUCAUAUUUCCAGCUGUUGGGAUUUGUUCUAACAACAGAAUUUCAAAGAGAGCAGUGACGGAAUUGUCUAAACAUUUAUUAAAAGCAGAACGCAAUAAAAAAUAUGAUGAGGAGGAAAUGAUGCGAUUAUUGUUCGGGCUGGGUGAGCUUUAUGACUACCAGACCUCGAACGACGGCAACAUGUCACACAUGACGCUUCACGAAGUGUUAGGAGAUUACGAUGUGCACGAGUUAAUGCAGAGUUUAACACCUAGAUGUGAAGAUUUAUUGCUUAGAUGCGUUUGGAACACAGAACCAAAGAGCUGCCUCGAUUUAUUUGACUUUCGUCUUACAAUAAACGGUUACUGCUGCACGUUCAACUACCUUCGGGUCUAUGACAGCAAGUUUACUGAUAAAGACAGCUCGUCCCGCAGCAUAGAUAUGUACAAAUACGGUAAUAAAUCAACGUUUGAUUUUGAUACUGGAUUAAAGAUACUAUUGAGACUCAACGAAAGUGAUGAUUUUUACUACAACGUGCCGAUGCAAGGGGCACAGUUACAAUUUUCAGACGCGUACGAUUUUCCUGAUGGUCCAAGCGGAAGUUUUGCUAUGCAGAUAAUUAGCUCCAGCGUACAGAUGACCGUUAUGGUUUCGGCGAGUUUCACAGAAGCCUCUCGAGACAUCCAACACGUUUCGUUGAAUUUGAGAAGGUGUAGAUUCUAUGACGAAUCGGACUAUCUGCCUUUAUACACAUACAGCGACUGCAUGUUGAAAUGCAGGAUGUCCUUCUUACUGGACAAAUGUAAUUGUACACCGUUUAAUAUGCCAAAAAUGGAAAACGCGAGGACUUGUGACCUGCGGGAUAUUCCUUGUCUUCAGAUUUACUAUGCACAGUCUAUCGCAGUUAGACCAGACGUAGAACCGAUCUCGGAAGCUUUAGAAUUGGAUUUGGUUGGUGGAGGCAUACCCUGCCCUAUGUGCCUACCAACUUGCUCGAAGACCGCUUAUAGUUACGAUUUUAACAACAUUAUCAUUUAUCCUGAAUAUCUCAACACAGUUCCAGACAACGAUAGAGAAAAUUGGUUGCAAGGCGUGAAUUUCACUGGAACUUCGAUUGUUCACUUGAAAUACGCAAGUGAAGUUGCCAACUGUUACGGACAGAAUGUCAUCAUGAAAUGGUUCGAUCUAAUCAGUAACAUCGGCUCCACGUGCGGCUUUGUGACCGGCUUCAGUUUUGUUUCCGUGCUCGAGUUCAUUUACUUUUUUACUGUGAAAUUAUUUCGUGAAAUUGAAGCACGAAAACGACAAAACAUUCGUAUCGAUACCUUUAAUCAUUCUAAAAAUGAAAAGAUUAAUAAAUAUCCAAAGAUAUAUUGGAAUGAACUAACAGGAGCCACGCCUCGAUUACAACCCCAAUUUCUGAUGAACCCACGAGUAAAACGUUUGAUGGAAAAUUAGAGUCAAUUAUAGUAGAAAUAAGAUAACAUUUUAGUUGUAGAUUUUAUCUAUUUAUUUAUAGAACUUCUACUUAUUAUAAUAAUUUAAGUCAUAAUGAGGUCCCCGUGAAGGCAGAAAAGAAUUAAUUGAUAUUUACGGCUAUAUAUUAUCCCACGGGAGUACUGUUACGGGGUGGGUCCAGGAGCUCUUUUUAAAAAAGGACACGGCGACUGGCACGGAGUUUAUUUUAUUAAAGAAGUAGUACAAAUGAUGUGUGUUUCCGCUACUCAAGCCAAAUCUGUUCUGCCGCGCUUAAGCAAUAUAUCGUCUUUAUAUAGAGACAAUGCAUUCAAGAAUGCCUUAGUCGGCAUUAUUAUUUAUAUUACGUUAUUACUGAGGGGCAUAUGUAACAUCCCCCUCCUUAAGAUUCAUCGUCACCGAUGAAUGGUCACGGACGUUGACGUUGAAAUAGAGCGGUAAGUAUAGAAUUUGGCUUUUGUUUUGGAUAACAAAAUAGGAAAACUAAAACAUACGAUACAGGAUAAAACAAGUAAGUACUCAAAAUAAAAUAGUAACUAUAUCUUAAAGAAAUAAACGUUAAGUACAAUAUCAAAAACACUUAAGUAAUUAUUAAGUAAAAUACGAAAACAGGAUAUAGUAAGUAAAUCUAUAAUUAUUAAAGGUCUUAAUUAUAAUUAUUAAUUAAACUUAUACAAUUUAUUUAUUUAAAAUAAUAUAAUUUAUUAUAACAUUACUCGACGACGACAUUAUUAGACGAAUUUGACAACAUAAGAUUUCUCCUAAAAGGCCUAGGACAUGAAUAAUCUUUUUCACUAUUUAUUUGCACAGUUUGUGUAACAUUAUUAUGAUCGUUUUUACGAUCUUUGUUGCAUUGAUUAAAGAUUUGUAUACAACAAUGAGAAUUAUGUUUACUUGAACAAAACCAUCUACGAAAUCUAAAUAUAAGGUACAAGAAAAACAGAACAGUAAGAGAAUAACUUAUAGACAUAUAAUGAACAGCAUAUUUUUGAAAGUGCGAAGGACUUUCCAAAUGAUUUAAUUCUUUUUCUAGAGUAUCUAGAUGAAUACUGGCAUGUAACAAUGAGUCUAAAUUAUUAAGAUUAUUUAAUUUUAACAAGGGAAGUCUAGCUAAAGUUUUAUUUAGUUUUGUACGUUCGCAACAAUCAUCUUCCAAAAUGUUGAAGUUAGCUACUUGAGUUGUUACAUUAGAAAUAAAUGUUUCACUAGACGAAAAUUGUAAUGUUUUGAAGAAAGCUUUACAGUCUUUAAACAGGGACAUUAUUCCUGUUCCUAACAAAACAUAAUCAUAGUUGAGACUAUUACUAGAACAAGUUACAUGUAAUUUUCCAGGCUCAGAUUGAACAAAUAUCCAUCUAUUUUUAUUAAGUUUAAAGAAGGAAUCUACGUGACCCCUUAAGAGUUUUACCGAACAUGAACUUGGAACUUUAUUGACAACUUCGGUUAAGAUAACUGUCUCACACGUUGGGUUCGCAAGCGUCGAAUACACAUUACCCAAUUCACAAAUAUAACACUUUUCACUCACGAAUUUGCACUUGUCUAAGUCUUCUAACAGUGAGUAAAGCAUACGAUCUGUUGUUAAUGCCAUGUAUGGCUUGUUUGGUGCUAUAAGUGCAUAAGUGUCUGGUUUUGUUAAGUCAUAAGGAACUGGCAUAGGAACAAUAUGGUAAAGGUUAUAGACUUGAGGUAACACGAGGGGUAUCUUAAUUAUAGUGAUAAUACGAUUAUUAUGAUAGUAGCAUACUAGUUUAGAAAUAUCGAUAACUUCGUGAAUGUUCUGUAAAGAUAUUGAUAUAGGAAGUUCGCAAUGCUUAGGUAAGUCAUUUAUAUGUUUCUCCAACUCGACAUAUAAUUGAUAUGGGCUGAGUACAGUCGGGUGCAAAAUAUUCAUUUUACUAAAUAAAAUAGCGUUGUUUAUGUCUUCGAUAUCGAAAGACAAUGCAAUGAUUAUACUUUCUAAGGACUGGAAUAAAGAAUUAAAUUUU